UGUCACAUAAGAUCUAUAAGUUUAAAUUUGCCUGAGUGAAGUCUCGUCAACCCACCAACGGAUCCCGAAAAGGGACGAAUUACUUAGAAAAUGGGAUCACAACAUCCAAGGAAAAUUAUGGAUCUCUGACUAUCUUCUCUCUGCAACAUGUCUCGUUCAUUUUGUACCUAAUUAUAUAUCUCCCUACCUUUUUUCUAUAUAUAUCCUCCAUGUUUUUCCAUACAUUUUUUGUUCUUGUCUCCACGAAUCAUCUCAUAUACUAUGAACUCACGAGCAUAAGAGUAUAGGUCCAAUAUCACAUCCAACUCUCCAUUGAAUUUUAGCUUUGUCCAUUCGAAAGAAUCGUAAAAAAAAAAUGUUAGAAUCAGAGACAACCAUCUAUGUCGUCUUCGAUCAAAAUUCAUCCCGAUUUUUAGCUGAUCCGAAUUCAGAGGAAAGUGGUUAAAAUAUAUCUUCUAUACUAAAAGUUAUGAAAUGUUACAAUUGUUAGUUUAUCAUAAAUAAUUACACUUUUGUUUGCACAUGAAGUGCAAUCCCCUUGUCAUUCCACAAAGAAACAAAAAGGUAAAGUAUGGUGGGAAAUCAAAUGCUUCCUUUCAAGCAUUAUCAAUUAACACCCAAAUAAUCAAAGUUAUUUAAUUUUAAAAUCAAACAUUCAUUUUAAUCUUGACAAAUGUCUUCUUUCCCCAUUGGCAUAAGCCAAGCAAUCGCCGUCUAUGUGUUAUUGUUAACAUGGCACGCACAUGGUUUAGGGUUGUUACCCUAUCAAAUAUUUUUCACAAUCACAUUUAUUAAUUGAUUACAACUAAUUAAUCAAUACUAAAAAAAAACAACAAAAAUAAUCGUAUUUUUCCAACUCAUAUAAAGUCGGAGCUGGUUCCUCAAUUUUUGCAGACAAUUACCACACAAAUCCCAGAUUAGAUUAAUUAAAAAUAAAAAGUAAAAAACACGCUCCUUGAUUUCACAGACCACCAUUUUAGAUAUACAUCAUCUCUCAAGAACAAAACAAAAAGAAGAUAUAUAGAAAUAAAAAACCCCAAUCCCAUCCAUCCUCCAAUUACAAACCCUAGAUUUAUUUUAUUCAGAAUCCAAUUAGGAUCCCACCACCAUCCUUCCCUUCCCAGUUCCCCUAUAUUUCUCGGUUACGGCAUUAUCAAGUUAUAUAUUUUUUACCCCUUCUGCGAAUCAUCCUUUCAUCUUCUUACCACAUUCAGCUUUGAUCUGGAAGUUGGCUGGUUUGAUAAUCACUGUGAAUCCUUUCUCUUCUCUGAUUUGGCACACUUGGGUUGUUCUCUGGGAUUGAAUUGCUCCUGGGUUUUGCUUUAGUUCGUCCGGCGAGUGGGGAAUCAAUCUUGGGUUGUGUGUCACUGAACUUCGAUUCAGAGUAGGAAUUCAAAAAAAAGUUGGCCCAGAAGUUAGGGGCCAAUUCUCCUUGAACUGGGUCUCAUCUGAAUUCGCGGGAAAUUCGAGUGUCUCUCUCGUUUCUGGGUCCGAAGUUUGGAGAUCAAUGGGUAUAUAUUGAGAUUUGGGUUUUCUUGAUUUGAGGGGGAGAGAAAGGGAGAUGAGAUGAGAGGGGGAUUAAGCUAUUGGGGCGCGGGGUUUAAGGAGGAGAGACAAUGAACGGAGGUUCAUUGGGGAUCCGCUCAGGGAGUUAUGGUUCAUUGGACAAACCGCAGCAAUUACAACAACAACAGAACGGUGGUAGUCAUCAUCUCUUGCCGAUUCAAUCGACAAUUCGGACUAAGCCCGCCAAGAUGUUCAAGGAGAAGGAAAGAUGCUUCCCUUGGCUCUUCAAGUUCGGCAGCCAGAGGAAGGUUGGAAUGCUGAUGCUCUGCGUAAUCUCUGCCGCAGUUUUUAUCUGGGUUUUGUAUCUAGGAAAAGGUGGAGAUGUACAGGAAGGUGACCAGGUCCCAAACUUGAUCAGCCCGAACAUAAGUGUGAAUGUACAUAAACAGAACACAACAGCUUUGGUUCUUCCACCCCCUUCUCCUUCAUAUUUUUUGGGCUACUCUCUGCCUCCAGGACAUCCAUGCAAUAGUUUCACUCUUCCUCCUCCACCAGCGGACAAGAAAAGAACUGGACCAAGACCAUGUCCGGUAUGUUACCUGCCUGUGGAGGAAGCCAUUGCCUUGAUGCCAAAGCUUCCCUCCUAUUCUCCCGUGCUGAAGAAUUUGACAUAUAUCUAUGAAAAUCCACUGACCAAGAAUGGGGAAUUUGGAGGCUCAGAUUUCGGUGGAUAUCCUACACUCGCUCAGAGAACCGACUCCUUUGAUAUUAGAGAAUCAAUGAGUGUGCACUGUGGGUUUGUUAGAGGUACGAGGGCUGGCCGGAAUACUGGAUAUGAUAUCGAUGAGGUUGAUCUAGAUGCAAUGGACCAGUGCAGGGGUGUGGUUGUUAUGUCAGCAAUAUUUGCGGCCUUUGAUAAUAUACAACAGCCAAGCAACAUCAGUGAGUAUUCGAAAAGAACUGUAUGCUUCUUUAUGUUUGUGGAUGAUGAAACAGAAGCCUAUCUGCAAAAUAGUGGGCAAUUAGGGGAGAGCAGGAAGGUUGGGGUAUGGAGAAUUGUUCUGAUCCAUAACCCUCCGUACACUGAUGGGAGACGCACUGGAAAGAUUCCGAAGCUGCUGGCCCAUAGGCUGUUUCCAAAUGCCCGCUACUCUAUAUGGAUUGAUGGGAAGCUUGAGUUGGUUGUUGAUCCAUAUCAAAUUCUUGAAAGGCAUCUGUGGAGAAAAAAUGCCACUUUUGCCAUCUCUCGACAUUACAAACGCUUCGAUGUCUUCAUCGAAGCCGAGGCAAACAAAGCUGCUGGGAAGUAUGAUAAUGCAUCCAUCGACUUCCAGAUUGAAUUCUACAAAAAGGAAGGCUUAACUCCUUACACUUUGGAUAAGCUUCCUAUUACAUCUGAUGUUCCUGAAGGAUGUGUCGUAAUUAGGGAGCAUGUUCCUAUCAGCAACCUCUUUGCUUGUCUUUGGUACAACGAAGUUGACCGAUUUACUUCAAGGGACCAGAUCAGCUUCGCUACAGUGAGGGAUAAGAUCAGGGCAAAGACGAAUUGGACUGUGAACAUGUUCUUGGAUUGUGAAAGAAGGAACUUUGUGGUUCAGAAAUACCAUAGAGAAGUUCUUGAGCACAUGUCUCCACCUCCCCCAUUGCCUCUUCCACCUGCACUGCCAGAAAUGCUGCCUCCGCCCACAAUACCUCAGGAAACUCCGAUGCGACGAGGAGGAGUGAGGCGUGGCAGAAGGGUCGGAGCAAGGCGGCACCGGAAAGUAGUUGCAGGUGACCGGGAGGGAGAACCAAUCAGCUGAUUUGAUGGCUGAUGGAAGGGAAUUUUUGUCCUGAAAGAGAGAAAGAAAGUAUCAUUCUUUGAUCUUCUUUUCCCUUCUUUGCAAGAGUCCAGUUUCACUGAAGGGAUCAGAGAGACCACCAAUUGUGCCUAAGGAGAAAAUGAGUGUUGUAGUUCUUCUACCUCAGAGAACCUUCUAAGUUUUGUUUUCCACCAUUACCACCCUUUACUUACUUUUUUCAACCUCCCACAAAAAAAUUUCAAUUUAUCGAUAUUCAAUUUUUUGUUGUAUAUAGAGAAAACUUGUUGUCAUGGGUCAGUAAAUUAUCAUGGGCUGCUGCUGAAAAGUUCUGCAAAAAAUGGUGGUGACCCUUUUUUUUUUGUUACAGUAUUUCGAAGCUCAAUUUCUUGAAAUGGCAAUAAAGACCAAUCUAUACCUUCACUCAGAACACAUUCUUGUUUAUCGGUUUAUGAGUUAGUUAUUAUUCUUUAUUUUCCAAAAAAGGAUACAACAAGACUCAACAAGAGCAAAAUAAUGUUGUUAACUUGCUAUGAAUAACACUACAUGGGAACAGAGACUAAUGGUUCAAGAACUUAAAUGGAAUACAAGGGUCAAAUCUCAUUUUGUUAUGUUUAACAAAAAUCAUAUCACUGAGAUUCACUAACAACUUAGGGCCUGUUUACUUUCAUUUCUGUUUCCUGUUUUUGAGAAAACAGAUGUUGAAAAUAGGUGAAAACAACAUUUUGUCGUUUCCGAAAACAGUAGGAAGUUGCCACUUUCUGUUUUCAUAGUUGGAAACGAAUAGAAAACCGAAUGAAAAGUAAACAAGUUUUCUUAUUUCGGUUGCCAAAUUUAUCACAUGAAAAUAGAAAACAGGAAACGAAAAUGGAAGUGAACAGGGUGUUAGUCUAUCGCAGAGUGUGCCCUACAAAAAUUCACAAUGAUAGUCGUUUUCUUGAUUCACCCUUCUUAGCGCUUAAAGAGAUCAUGGCUACCAAAGUCCAUGGACAUGUGUGUCAAAAGGGCUUGUCGUAUUGUCUGCUCGUCGAAUGUUAUGACGAAAACUGAAAAUUAUGAUGAUGGUUGGAAUUCAUCUUAGAAGUUGAACAAUGUAUCAACAUUCACUUUAACCUUUUCCAUAUGAUUGAGGCAGUUUAUGAAUCGUCGUCUUCUCAGUGACCUUGAUUUUUUUUUUUUACGCUUGGAUAGUCUUUAUUAAAUGAAAUCAUUAGUGUUUCAAAGUGUAUCAGUGUGCUCUUCAUUUCAAAUUUAAUAUUAUCAAACGUAUUAAGUAGGUAAAAUCUCAGGUAUCUAGAGCAAUCCCCACCCUAAAAAUGAAUUCAAAUUCCAAUCAAUGUAUUAGCAUUGUACUUGAAGGAUUGUUAUAUAUGGAGUCAUCUUCUUAGAGAAUACCAAAGUACUAUCAAGAGAUAGAAUCAUGGGGUCGUUUGGAUGGAGUAUUUGUAUGAGUUAUUUGGACGCAAAUAACUCGUUUGACAGUGUUUUACUGAAAUGAGUUAUUUGGACAGUGAGUUAUUUGAAAUAACUUAUACCCAUGUGUUAUUUCGAAAUAACUCGUUUUUAUCACUCUGCUUUUACCAAAUACCACAUGUCAAAUACCACAUUUGCAUGGUUCAACCAAACGAGAUACUUUAUUUCAAUUACCACUGAAAUAACACUGAAAUAUCACAUGAACAAUAAAUGAGUUAUUUGAUUCUACAAAUACCACAUUGACAAUUAACCCAUCCAAACGACCCCAUGUUAAAGGAAAUUAUUUGAGGAUUUGAUAGAUGGAAUGGAAAGUUAAGAGACCAAAUGGCAAGUUGUUGAAAACUGUGAGGGCCAAGUUGUAGAAUCACUGAAAUAAUGUAGAGGUAUUAUGGUUAAUAACCCUGUGCUUAUUAAUUAUUUAUAGCUUAUUUUAUGCAAUCCGAGAUGGGGGGGAAUGAAUGUUCUUACUGUGC